GCUUUCAGCUCGGCUUGUAAGCAAAGCUGAAGCUCUUUCAGCCGUGAUUUCAUUUCCACCAGGAUCAAGACUUUAGUCAGUCUACAGUUCAUCGUUUACAGUGAGCCGUGCAAUCGAUGGGGUUAGCAAACACAGUGAGGCGCAACUAAUGUAUUUUUCUUGGCUGUUACAAUCCGGAGAGGAAUUUCAUUUGGCAAAGGAAGCGACAGUCUGACAAUUCCUUCAAAGAGGACGAGGACACAACCUGAAGGCCGGUGGAUAACACACAGUGCAAGGGAACCAUGCCAGCAGCAGGAUACCAAUGGGGCAAUUUUGCCCUGUUUACACUGGCUUUACUGGUCAUGUUGGAGGUCUGUGGGGUCCAGGGCUGUCGCAUUGGCUCAGAGUCUGAGUGUGAGAAAGCCCCUUUUGUCCCUGGCCACAACCUGGCAGGGGAGGGUUUUGAUGUGGUGCGGAUGCGUCGAACAGGGGCAUAUGUCAUCAACGUCAAAGGUCAGCUAGCGGACAACCACACCUGCACACUGUGUCCAAACCGCUUCCAACAAGGACAGAUUCAGAGGCUCCCUGCAGCAGUGCUCGACUGGCGUCCCUUCAGCCGCUGCAGCAAGCAGCUUUCCAGCGCCCUCCAUCACUCUGUGGACUCCCUGCUGCGCAGCGCCAACUCCCUGGUUAACAACAACUGGGACCUGGGUUUGAGUUUAGAUAAUAUCGGCAAGGCAGUGCUGGGAGGAAGCCGCUCAGACUUGGCAAAGUUUGCCCGAUCGCAGCACAGUGUAGACAAGGCCACUUUUGCCAUCCAUGAAAUCAGUUGCACCUACUACAGCUACAGGCUGGCUGAUCAUCCCCAGCUGAGUGCAGAGUUCACAAAGCAUCUGAAGAGACUCCCACAGAGUUUAAAUACAAGCCGGGACAGAGCUCUAUAUAGACGGCUGAUAGACACCUAUGGAACGCACUACAUACAUCAGGUCCAGCUUGGUGGGAAGGUGAGACGAAUCACUGCCUUCAGGACCUGCCUGGCCACACUGAAGGGCUUCUCGGAGUCCCAGGUCAAAAACUGCCUGAAUGUUGAGCUCCGAAUGGCUCUUGGUUUCCUCCCUGCCAACGCGUCCUUCUCCAACAAGUGCGACAACCUCCUGAAAGGUAACAUGACCAUGGGCUUCUACCAAGGCUUCAUGACCCACAAGAUUGAGGUUAUCGGAGGAGAGAGGUACUUCCCCGACAUCCUCUACCAGCAGGACCCAUCUGAGGCGUAUCACAGCUGGAUGAACAGUCUCCACGACAACCCUGACGUGGUCUCCUACGCCAUCUUCCCACUGCAUCAUCUGGUGGAGGACUCACAGAUCAGUGCAAAUCUGAGAAGCACUGUCACAGAGUAUAUCAAAGACAACCAGCUGAAGGACGACCAGUUUGGUUUCAAGAACUGCUCCCCGACUCCCAACCUGGAUCACCACUGUUGUCCUCUACGGGCUGGCAGAGGAACUCUCAGACUGGUGAUCCACAGGGCAGCAGGUCUGAAGGCAGACACCUUCACGAAAACGGACGCCUACGUCAAGAUCUUCUACAACGGCAUGUACGAGGAGACGGAAACGGUCAUGGACGACAAUAACCCAGUGUGGAAUGCCACUUAUGACUUUGGAUCAGUGGAGCUGGGUCAGGAGUUGAGGUUUGAAGUCUGGGAUAGAGAUGUGCUUUACAAUGAUGUAGCGGGUAGAUGUGUUGUCUUUCCUGAGCGAGGAACUCGCUCUCUAAGCUGUCAGCUGAGCAAAGGUGUUCUCUACUUCACCUACACCAUCAAAUGUGACGCUCACUUGACAGGAUUCAGGUGUGGACGAUACUCCCCCAGUGCAGAGUAAUGUACUAGAUUACAGUGUGUUAAUGUAGAUUUUAGCAUAGUUUUCAUACGUUAAACUUUCAAGAUCACAUUUUCUGCAUUUUAAGUGGAAACAUUUGUCAACAUAGGGGUUGCCGAACAAAUUUACCCCCCUUUUGUCACAUAUAAUUUCAUAGUGAAAAAUUCUGUAAGACUCCAUCCAAAAAAUGUCAUCAGUUGUCUUCUAAUAUUUGUAAUGUCUCAAUAUUUAACAGUAUUAACUUACCAAAGUCAAAGCCCUUGUGCAUCCAUUGUACACGGCACAAUAAAGUG